AUGCAGCUCUUGGUAUUUGUGCUAUUUGCACUCAGACAGUUUUCCAUUCCUGAAGCUCUUAUACUUCCGAAUCUUUAUCCUUUUGGGCCAAGCGAGGGAGAUAUUGCCCUUCCUCACUUGGACGACGGAAGCUCUGGUGAAAUACCAAUAUUGGUGCCAUUCCUUUUCUUUGGUCAGAGCUAUGAUUCUCUAUUUGUAAGUAAGAUAUCAAUCUUAGUUUCGCCGUUAGAUAACUUUGAAUAAGAAAAUUGUUACGCGCACAGGAAUUGGAAGAAGAAAUUCGCGACCAUUUACCUUUAUCAAUGUAAAUGACAACGUCUUUAUAAGCUGCUUUUGACUAUGAUUUAAGGCUCACUGCUAUGCAGGAAUAAGCAUUAAAGCAAGGAAAAGAGCAUUAGAAUUUAGUUUCAUAAAGUUCGAUAUCCAAUGCUAUCUGAAUGUUUCUAUCCAGAUUGUUAUGAACAUUAUUCAAACAAGAUGACUCACCAAGUCUGUAAAAUAGUUGCAGUCUUCCAUCAGAAUCAGAAGUAAUCAGUAUGAGCUUCCACAAUCCACAUUUGAAAACAUGAAGUGAUUUUGUUUGGCGAGUUCUUUUCGUUCACGAAAAUAGAUUCAUAAAAUGGAACCGAAAUUUCUCAGUCAAAAAUUCCAGACAUUUGUCAUAUAAGAGUUAUGCACAUUCACCAAGGCGUCUGCCACGCCUUAGCACGUAAAAGGGUUGAUGCCUUCAAAGACUCAUUCAUUAGACAUGUUUAAAAGAUGCCGCACAUCGGGUAAACAAGUUACCAUGGAAUCAAAAAGACCUUGUGAUGGUGGUAGAAUUGUAUGCUUAACCUUCAAUUUUUUUUAAAAGCCCUUAUGGUACUUUGGUUCUUUUUUUUUUUUUUAUCCAGUUAUUUUUAUUGCAGAAUUGGACAUAGCGGACACAACUUGCGCACGAAUAAAAGUUCUCAAGUUUUCUAAAGUUCUCACAUUUCAGAAAAAAAGUAGAUCUUGUUGGCUAUUUAAAAACAUCCGAAAAUAGUCUCGGUUGAGCGGGAACGCUUCAUCUGGUUUAUGCCAUUUAAUUAAACUUCUUGUUCUUUGAACAAGUUGUCAUUGCUAAAUGCGCUUCUUUGAAUUAAUUAAGGAAAAUGUCAAUAAACAGAGCCAAAAUACUUAAGUUUUAGUAGAAAUCUUAGCUUUGUAAAAGUCGAAAGCCAAAAUUGGAAUUUCUUCGCUAUUUUGCAACUUAUUUCUUCUACUGCUUGUCGCAAAGCUUGUUGCAAAAUGCUCUCGUCAAGUUAUUUAUACAUGGCUGCGCGCACAUAGAGAUUUGAACCAUAAUGGUUGGUGUGUUUGAUCCGAAGCCUAAAGAGUGAUUCAGUGCGGGGAAUCGCGUAGAUGAGAUGGCGUGCAAUUAGCAACGAAGUUAAUAUGGAACCAAAAAGGGCUCAUGAUACUAAAAUUCUCUUUUAAACACCAUUUGAUUCUCUUAAUUAUGUUAACAAAUUUUUGUUCCGCUCUUGCAGAUGUAGAUUAUGUCUGUUGUUACUGUUGACUUUCGUAGUAUUUUUAAGGUUUAAGUCAUUAAUAGUUCAAUUUGCGAGUGAAUGAAAGAAUAACAUGAAAACAGACACAUGGAGCUUCACUACCCUGUUAUCUGAGAUGGUCAUUCAUAUGUAUCUCAAGAUGUUUGUCAACUAAUAAAAAUUUCAACUGGUUAGUUAUUGCUUUUUUUUAGAUGGUAUUUGACCCUUUUCUAAGGUGAAAAAUCGAUCCAUUAAUUUAUAAUAAAAGCAGGCACGAGUGUACUUUUACAAAUCUUUAUUUGGUGUGCUGCAUUAUUUGAUUCCUUUGGCAUUUUCCCUCAUAGUUAUGAAUUAGCAAAUCAAGAACGAAAAAUGGCAAAUUUUCUGUUGAAACUUUCCGUUGAUUUUAGGCUAGAUUGAAGCUAAAUUUUUGGGGGAAAAAAUCUUUUCCCUUUCGCGUUAACUGGUAAUGUUAAAACCUUCGCAGAAAUCAGUGGAUCGUAACCAAAUAUGGUCACUGGGUAAUAGAACCAGGUAGGAAUUAUUGUAACGAAAGCAGAUUGCCGAAGUAAGCAUGUUACAUUUUAGAAGAGAUUCACGGAAAGAAACUGUGGAGUAGAAGGUUGAUAUAACAACGCCCCCACAAUUAUCAUAACGGACACGAAAUACUAUAUUUCUUUUUUAACAUAGCUUCUUGUUGAACCUAGAUACAAUGAUGGACUGGCGCCAUCUCUCACUCCCCUGGUUCUCUCUUCAAACUUAAAACAGUCGUCUUCAAAAUGUUCAGAACACACUGUAUUUACUUGGAUCUCUUUUGAUCCUGAAAGUUUAUAUAUGUUUUAGAAGAAAUUGAAAAACAACCACUGACACCUUUAAAAACCAAGUCGAGACAAUAUUUUUUAAGUGAAAAUUUAAUCAUUAUAUUUAAAACACAAAUUAUUGUUGGAGAAUUACAAACUCACUGAAUUACUCAACUUCUGACUUAGGAUCUUCUGGGAAUUUAUGAAAAGACAAAUCCGAAUUUAUGAAGUUAUUGAAGCAUCUAUAAACACACCAAUAGGAACGAAAAGCCUAGAAGAAUGGAUACCGUUGCAUCACCGAUUUCCUUGAGUAAACUAGAUACUAUUGUUACUGCUGUACGGAGAAUAUACAUUUUUUUCUGAGUAGGGAAAGGCAAAGUUCUUCAAAAAGUUCCGUCUAAAAAAUAUGUUUUACAUAGGCUAAGGAUUAGCUCUUCUUCCCGAUUUUAGAGUUGUUCUGGACGGAUAACUAUCUCACUUACUCAAUUUCUUACCCUUAGGUAAACACCAAUGGGUUAAUUUCUUUUCUGGUGGAAAGUGUUUCAUAUACACCAGACCGUUUGCCGCUGGAUGAUGACGAUUACAUAGUUAUAGCGCCAUUUUGGGCUGAUGUUAAUAUAGAGAUUGGCGGAGAAAUAUACUAUCGAGAGAGCACAGAUCCUCAGCUGCUUCAACGAGCUACCAGAGACGUCUGGAGCGUCUAUUUUGACAUGAAGGCUAAAGGUUUUCAGGCCAAAUGGGUAUUAGUUGCAACGUGGUACGAGGUGCCUUUUUGGGGAGCUUAUUCAACUGGCAAAGAUAUAGUAAGAGACAUUUUAUUUAAGUAAGAGCUCUUUAAAUGACUGCGAAUAUAUGAAAAAUCCCAUAUGUGAAGUGCGUAUAAAAAAAUGAAUGAAAGGGAUCAGGCCUUAUUUUUAUAUUUUCAUUGUGUUGUGUGACGAGUUCUUCAAUGAAAUACUAGUAAGUAGUGAGUGACAAUAGACUCUAUUACCAUGGAUUGCCUUUAUUGCCUAGUUUUAAUUUUUGUUAUCCUUGUAAAUUAAUGCCAAUGUCAUUUAAUAUUUGCCAGAGAAACACCUACCAAGCAGUUCUUGUCACCAAUGAGAAAGAGUCUUUUGCAAUUUUCAAUUACAACGAUAUUUCUUGGACCACGGCUUCUUUAAACGGUGGAGAUUUUUGGGGACUUGGAGGAAGUCCAGCGCAGGUAUAUUGGCUUAAGUGAUAAAAAUGUUACUCGAGGGUGGACUCAAAUUUGAGCUGAUCUCAUUUAUAUCUAUUGUUAAAACAUUUGUUAUAGUAUAAACCCUGACUAUAAAUAAGCAGCUCACCUAAAAAUCAGUGGGCUCUUAAAAUGGGCACUUAUUUCGGGUUUCAUACAGGCCGGAUAAUCAUACUUUCAAUCUGAAAGUACGUUCUCUCCCAAUAAACCACCAAUAUUUAUAAUAUUACCCUACAAAAAUCGUAAUCAAUUUAUAGGGUUGUAUUCGUUAAACACGGAAGAAUCUCGAUGAAAUUAGUUUUUCUCUAAUCAGGUGAAUCCAGUUAUGUUAUCACCUUUCAGUUCUUUCUCGUAAUAAUUCUUGCAAUUUGUUUCGGAAAAUAGCAAAAAGAACAAAACUGCUCAAGAUGUAGAAAAUUAGAUAACCGACUGAACUGAAUCUAAUUAUCCAAACUGAAAGCUUAUCAACGCUAGCUUCGAUUGAAAACUAUUUCUCACCAUCCUAUUAAGAGUCAGAGACAAGAUCCUUCUUAUUUUGCAUACGAAGGAAACGAAUAGUAUGAGCAGGGAGCUCGCGUAUUUUUCUUAAUGAUAAAACACUUUCACUGGGAGCACAGGUCCAUUAAGUUAUUUCAAUAAAGGCCCAACAAGCGGAAUGUUACAACGGUUAGGAUCUGUUUUGAUUAAUAUGUGACGAAAUGUUGUUAAGCGUAAUUUCUGCACGUUUCAUAGUUGCGAUCAUUUUACCAGGCAGGCUUCAACGCUGGCGACGGCAUAAAAUAUUUCAUCAUACCGGGAUCAGCCACAGAUGCGAUUAUCAAUGUUACUUCCACUUCUAAUAUGGGACAGCCGGGAAGAUGGAUGUUCCGUUUGGACCUGGAGAAAAUUCAGGGAACCACCUGCAACACUAAUGGUGAAACAAUCCGCCUUCAUGACAUCUAAAAGUGGCUGUAUAAAUUUAAAACGUGCUCAGCUGAUGAGUGGAGUCCGGUUUUCUCUAAAUUUCCCAAUUUCUACAUCUACCAUGAUCCAUCCCCGCAUCAUUGAAAUUCCAUAACGAUCGUAAACUCUUUAGAGAGAACUCUACCGUGGGUGCUGAGGGUAGCAAGAAAUGACGCCGAAGGGGAAAAAAAUAAUAUUAUUAUGUUAUGUGUGACAAUAAUGUAAACUAUGCUGAAAUUGCACUUUCCAUAGGAUCUUCCACUCUUGGGAUAUUUCCAUCAUCUGUUAUGAUGCUUGGUGGUGAUAAUAUUUUUAUCGCUGGACCCUGCUUUGAACCAUCGAAUGUCAUUGUUUGUGAAUUUCCUGGAGGGAAAAUGAUGAAUGGAAGCUAUAUCAGCGGCAUACGAGCAUCUUGCCCCGUUCCCAUGCUGAAUAUGACUGGUAGACUGACUGUUAGAAUGUCAGUGGAUGGUGGAAGAAGUUUCGAUUAUCAAGGAAUUGUAACAUCAGGUAAGUAACCUUUCGAUAUCUGAAGUCUGGUUUCACUUUUGUGUAUAUUUCAGUUCUGCAUAGCUUUUGUAAGGUAAAACAUUAAUUAUUACCAUUAAUCGGUUUGGUUUGACCUUUGAUUCUUAAAUCUACUUUUCAUGCAGUGAAUUUGAAUAGAGCUACGCCUGCAGUUGUUCGGCUGAAUCCGGAAAAGUGGAGUGAAGACGUUCCUGUCAGUAUCACGUGGGACCCAAGCCAUCUUGGAGAUGAAACCUUUACCGUGGCCGUUCUUUUAGCACGUUUUUCCAUGAGGGAUGACAAUGUCUAUUUUCAUAGCAUGUUUUCUUUACAAGAAGAACAAAGAAAUACAGGAGAAAGUCAAUUUAUUGUGCCAAAAGGAGAGGGACGAGGGUGAGUUGAAAAGUAACUUGAGUUAAAAUUAUUACUUCGUGUUUCAAUUACUCACUUUUUCAGCACUUACAAUGCCUCUAUUAAAGAAAAAAAUCGUAGAGAUCAUUAACAAUGUCUAGAAUUCUGUAUGGCUGACUUAAAAAGGCACAGCAUACAAACUGUUACAACUUUCAUGAUUUUGUCUUCCCAUUCUGGUCGAAAAAGCGUCUUUUUUAAAGAUUCAGGUUCCAGCCCUUUCUAGUUUAAUGAGCCGUAUUCUCAGGAAAGAGAUGCUUCCUUAUCCACUCAUGAGUAUAAUGAGUCACCAAAAAAUAUUCAGAAAAACUUGCCAACUAAACGACACCUUGCUAUGAAGAGUGUAUUGUCACGGCGGAAGGGAGCAUGACUAGUCGUGGCUGCAUUAUUGUAAUGAAACCAGGAUAAGCUCUGACAUAAGAGGUCAUUCCGGCUGACUUUACUUUUUCCCUUCUUGUAAUGUUGGACCAAUGUCUCUACUGUUGAGAAUGAUAUAUUUGGUACAACAGAUUUUAUGAUCUCCCAAUUUCUUAGAACUGAGGAUGAUCAAUUUAUUACACUGGUGCAAGUAAAAAAGAUUUCUGGUAACUUAGAAAAAGGCACGGCCCAGUGGAUCUGGAGCGAUCUGUUUUACUGGUCAAACUCUGAGCUGGCUGAGCAGAGAUGCAUGUACUGGUACAGUAAGCAGCCUGAUCCAAAAAUAUUUUUAGGUAAAACCUUCAGUUCUUUAACGAAAAGCAGAUUUAACUGGGUAAAAUAGGCCGUCUUAUCGAAUUAAGUCAUGUUUUAGGAAAUGAUUGUAUCGAGGUCAAUCCACAACCUUCGACUCUUUGGGUCGUUUUUAUAAAUGACUCCGAAAUAGAUACUGGCUACCCUUUCCCUCUCUCCAGCAAAGUACUGUCUACCGAAUAAUACUCUAUGAAAAAAAUAGAAUUUCAAUGACAGAAGUGAGAUUCGAUGGGAUCGUUGCUUGAAAUAAUAACAGCAUGAAGGUGAACUAAGUUUCCAUUUUUGAAUACAGUUAAAUCAAGCACAAACGUCACUUGGAUUACCACCCAAUUUAUGUAGCCUCACUGCAUGAAAGGCCUUAAUAAAUGCCCAAGCUCAUCUGUGACAAAUGAACACUCUCAUUAUAUUGUUUGUUUAUGACAGAGGAUGCCUCCCUCCUUCCUUGUCCAAAAUCGUCAUUUCAAGCUCAAGCGGACCGCGGUCGAUUUAUAAUAGACGAAUAUCGCAAUUCAGCUAACCAUAGUAGUGUCAAUCAUGUUGAUGCCAAUCUCUGCUUCACGACGACUAUACCUAGGUAUGUGCCAUUAUUAUCAUCAAACCUUUCAAAAUUAUACUUUGCUCAACCCAAAAACUUACUGGUGUUUUUUCAUCGCUACAUUAUUUCCCAAUCAUACUUAGUUUUUUUUCUCAGUGCGCAAGGUGCUGGACGACAAUGCUGUUACACUGAACGAGGAAACCUGAAGUUAGGCCCACCCACAGGAGGAUCCCUAAAUCGGUUCAAUACCGAGGCUGGAAUGCCAACGUUUUCUCAUUUCUUUCAAGACCACGUUCCUUUUGUGGAUUGCUGUCUCUCCUCUGACAAAUGUGAGCGUUACUUUGAGAAAAGACCUUCAGAUGACAGCUCUCGCUACAAACCCCCGAGACCAGGUGAGGAAACUACACAAAAAAUAUCCCCUCGUUGAGGAUAAUUUGCAAGGAGACCAUCCUAGUUUAACAAAGGCUCUUCAAAGCCACGUGAGGUACCCGCUUUGGGUACAGCUUGUCAAGGAUCAGACAAAACAUUUUCAGUUCACGCAAUUAUUGUUAACUUAUUAAAUUUAAUUGAACCGGUGGCAAUGUGCAGUGUUCGACAACUUUUCUUGCCCCCCUCCCCACCCCCCCGAGUAUAUUCACUUUAUACUCAAAUGUGGGUCACAUUGAUCUGUAACGUUAAUCCCCUCUUCUCCUUCAGCGAUUCAAAUAAGCUAAAAGGGGACAAAAAGAUGAAUCUCUUAAGAUUGAUGAGAUAUUUUUUUGCUUUUCUGCUAUUCAAUAAAGCAACUCUGUGGUAACUCUUACAAAACUAAAGAUUGGAAAGCGAUCAGUUUUACGUCUCCAACCACUUUUUUAUCAUUUUUUAAAUAUUUCGUUUUGUUUUUUUUUUUUAUUAUUAUUUUUGUUUGUUUUGAUUUUUUGUUAUUUUAAUAGCCCUAGGGGUCGGUUCAACUCACAUGGUUUCGUUAGACGGUACUAAAUACACUUUCGGUGGUUAUGGCGAGUAUCAUGUCCUCCAGAUUCCUUCCAUUGCCUUUGAGCUUCAAGGUCGAAUGCAGCCUUUUAACGAUGACAGCAGUAUUCUUGGCACUGUUUUUACAGCGUUUGCAGUGAAAGAACGAGGCUCGGAUGUUGUACAGGUAAUAUAACAAUGUUAUAUUAUGACUAUUUAAGCUGUUUCAUUUUGCAUUUUAAGAGACCCUUCAGUCGUUAAGCAGUUUGGAAAUUAAUAAGAGAAUCAACAUCAGAAGGAUUGGUCACCCAUAACCAGCAGCUUAUAAAGCUGAUAACGUAGAUUGCAUUUUCUUGACACUAUCUGGCUCUGCAGAUAAUUCUGAUUUUCCAAACCAUAAUGAUAUAAAGAUGGUAAUAAAGGUAAGAAAAAAAAUUUGAAGAAGGAGAUUCGAAUAACUGAAGAUUUGAUGGCGUAGUUAGAUCGCAAGGGCUAAAGUUGUCCUGAAAAUGACUCCUGUCGAUGAUAUUGACUGACAAUACAACAACCUGAGCGGAAGUCAUCCUCGGAGUCAAAAAUAUUGCACUCCGAUCGUGACCUCCGCUGAGAUUAUCGAAACGUCACGCACUUCUACUAAGCUGUUUCUUCCUUUCUUCAAACUAUUUACUGAAAAUUUUACCUUCGCUGAACAGUAGUGUACCAGGGAAGCAAAAAAGGACGAUCACAGUGAUUUUUCAGGAGCCAACGUAACUUAGCAUUAGCAUUUAUCAUAAUUAUUUUCUUCAGGUCCACAUCACUGGCAGCCCUAGGAUUGUCCAAAUUUUAGUGAAUGGAGAUCUGGUAGAAUUAGUUGAACAGUUUUCCAAGAUGGAUUUUAAAAGCGUCACAGUAUCAAAGGACAGCAACGCAUCCACAUACUCAGUCGUAUUUACCUCUGGAGUAACAGUGACAAUUCAGAAAGUGGAGGACAUCUUGAACUUGAUGCUGCUGAUACCACCAACAUUUAAAGGUGUUCUUGCAUUCUUUUUAAUCAAAGACUUUCAAGUGAAAUCUUUGAAAAGAGUGAGGUUGUCUGAUGGCAUUUAUAGAGACAAAAAAAUAAUAUUUUUAGCUCGACUAUUAAAAAAUCGAUCACUUUUUUCAAAAACGACUUUAAUUUAUGUAGAAGUAAGAACCUUUAAACGAAGGAUUAUGAGCUGCUUUCUGAGUAAGUACGUUUUUGUUACACAAUAAGCGAUUAGUGGAUGAGGUCGCGCAUGAUAUCAUGAAUUACCAAUGACGAGGUCCGAGUUAUCUUUAACAAUUCAUAUCAUGUGAAAACCGAAUCCAAAACUUUAUUUGUCAUGCAUUUGAUAAAAUCUCCAAAGAACACACUUCUCUCUGGGUUUUUAAGAGUUUGAGAACAGUUCACGGAAGAGGGGCUUGGAAACUAAGCAGACCUUGAACACGACAUGAUAACCCAAUAUCUGCUGCAGAUAUUGGGUUAUCACGUCAGCUUCACACGCUAUUGCAUAUUGACUGCAUGCUCUCGACCAAUUAGGGUUUUUCUAGUAAGUCCAAUGUAUAUUAUCAUUAUUUAGGAGCUACAAGAGGUCUUCUAGGGUUAUGGGACGGGAAUCAAGAGAACGAUUUCUUCCUUCCCGAUGGAUCCACCUUGAGCCAUAACUCUGAUCAGUCUACCAUUCAUAACAAGUUUGGUCAGCAAUGUAAGUACCGUGCACACCAUUAAAUUUCUCAGUCACCAUAGUUACUGAAAUGCAGAAAGUUGAAAUUGAUUUUACAGUGUUUUUGAGGCUUAAAAUAAUUUUUUGGUCAAUUGACAUUGAGAGCAUCAAACGAACAGUAUAAAUCCUAACUAAAGGCCAUAUUUUCAAUUCAACAUUUUUUUAGCACUCUCGUUUUCACAGAGCGAACGAGGCUUCAUAAAUAGUCAACAUUGUCUUGAAUAUUUUUCUCAUGUGGAAAUUCAAACAAAACUGCGAGGUAGAUGAAAUCCUUUUUCCAAAUACCGAAGUGCGUUUGAAUAUUGUCUUGAAUAUUUUUCUCAUGUGGAAAUUCAAACAAAACUGCGAGGUAGAUGAAAUUCUUUUUCCAAAUACCGAAGUGCGUUUGAAAAUAAUUAGAAAUAAUGUUCAAAGGGGCCACUUUUGGAACGAGGCCCAUGAGAGUUGGUCACUCUCUCAAUUUAACUCCCUUUGACAGGAAAACCUAUUAUUUUCGACUGAAAGUACCACACUAAAUGUGUUGCCAUUUUUGGGGUCGAUUUACUCCUGAAACAAGAAAUAAUUCCAGGCAUGUUAGAGCUGCGACUUGCAAUCAGCGAGGAAAGGAAACAUAGUGUCCUAGGCCAGUCCAGUUGAACAUGACUUUGUAGUGAAGUUCUUUUUUAAGGUUGUAGACAAUUAGAGUAACGAUUUCACUGUUUUGCUUGUAGGGGCCACUUCAUCGAGUGAUUCUAUAUUCACAUACGAUGAAGGGAAGAAACAUUCUUCUUAUUUUAAUGCGGAAUACGUUCCGAUGUUCUUGGAUAAAGCCAACUUUACAAUAGAGAACGCAACAUUAGGUCAGCAGGCUAAAGAUGUGUGUGGUGAUAGCAUACUAUGUCUUUUUGAUGUCCACACCACUGGAAAAAUCAGCAUUGGAAAGGCAACCAAACAGGCCAUAGAAGUGCUCGCUGCAAAUAUAAAUGACACCCAAACACCAGGUAAGGUGUGUGUAAUCAUGCGUGCAAAAGAAAGUUGUCGUUGUGAAAAAUUUGUGGUUAAUUGUGUGUUGCCAUGUAAAUUGAGACACCAUUAGUUCCUUGGGAAAAAGCGAUGUUACUCUUCUAAAAAAGCAAAAAGACACGUAAGAUGUUGAAUAGAACUCUUAGAGACGGUGCAUACCACCUUCUUUCUUGUUCACGACCAUUCUCCCCUAAAAAUUAGAUGGUAUCAGUCCAAGUGAAACCUUUGAUCGCGUGGUCUGAUCGUCUGGGUGAGGGUGUUCUUAGGAAAGGACCAUUGUUGAAAGCGACCACUGACAUUUCGACAACUUUAGUGGAAGUCAUCGUCAGAGUCAAGUGAACAGUUUAACUCAGUCGAAGGUUAAAAGUACGGUUCGUGUAAACUGUUUCGUCUGCCGUUAUGUCAUUGGCCAUAGGACUCAAAUGAUUGUCGUGAAGUCGUGAUUUGGUCAGUUUCGAUCCAUCGUUAAUUUUUGGUUGUUCCGUUUGGGUCGUUUGUGAUGUAAAUGAAAUUGUGCUGAGUCCCAUUUAAUAGUGUGUUUCGUAAGUCGAUGGUGUUUGGCAAGGUAAUCUCUCGUCGCUCGCUUGUGUUCACUCUGUCUUGCGUUCAAGUUUCUGCUGUUUGUCCCAAGUAGGAAACUUGGUAGUUAGUAACUGACGUCUCCUGAUGGGUUUAAUUUGCGGGCGACGCGAGUAAUGACGGUCAGACAAGCCCUUUAUGACAUUCUUUCAUGUGGUUUUCGGAUUUGACAGUAGGAAUAGAGGGCAAUAAACUCCUCAUUCCUUUUCGCUAUGUUUCUGCUGCUCUAGUUCCUUCUUUAGUGUCAUAUACAAUUGUUUUUCCAUUUCGGUUGAUUUAAUGGCAUGUCUUCGAGUGACUCAUAAGUGUUUUCUUUUAUAUUGUUAUAUAUAACUUUCUCUCUUUCUAUUCUUUUCAGGAUGCCCUCUGUUAAAAAACGAAAUUGAAAAUGGCACCACGCUGAGGAAUGAAACUCAAGAUGGCGAAGUAAUCUACCGAUUCCAUUGCAACUCUUAUUUCUACUUGAACGGCUCGUCUGUCAUAUCAUGUUUGCGGGGACAAUGGAAUGGUUCAACACCAAGCUGUCUGCAUGGUAAAGAUAUGUUCUCUAUGAUAAGAUAGAGGGGUUAAUUAUUACAUUUUGAUUAUGAGGGAGAGUUGGGGAAAAUAUUUAUUUGGUUUGAUGCUACGACGUGCGGACCGAGUGGAGCGAGGUCUGUGCAUCAUAUGAUGACCAUAGUGAACUAAAACCAUAGCUGCACCAGCUUGACGAACAUUACGGUAUACAUGACUGAACCUUCCAUGACACAUUCCUCACGUUAGAAAGGUAAUGACUUCUUAAUUGCUGCGAUUUUAACCCUCCUCUUUCAAAACAUGUGAGUUUUAAUAGUCUGUCCAUGCUGUCCUUCAAAAGCAUUGUGAAUAAAAAUAAUGGUAUUCGAAUGACCCCUAUUACUGCCAAGCUGGGAUUUUAAACGUAUUCAUAUUCCUUCUGAUUCUCUCACGUCGCUUCUCAGUGUUUUCUUGAUCAAAUGUCCAAUACAGUUCCAUCAUCGACGUCUCAUCUAAUCGUUUUCUCCAUCAUUAGUGUAAUGUUUUGGAUCUGAUGGUGAAAGAUAGUUAAACGCUACCUUAAUUUCAUGAAUUUGAGAUAAAAAACGUUCAGCUUCUUUUCUUUUCUCCUUCUGUUUCAAUCUUAUUCGGGAUGUUGAACACCUUCUACUAAAUCCGCUGUGGCCAUCAUCAUCUUCCCCAUGUUCGUUGAUUUAAUAGUAUUUCCAAAUUCGACGGGUAAAUAACUUUCCUUUUAAACCUUAUUUUCGUUACUUACUUUCUUGUUCAGGAUGCCUUCCAUUGAAAAAAAUUAGCAAUGGUACCGUACAGAGAUAUGAAACUAAAGAUGAUACGGUAAUUGUAACUGUGGUUUCUUCCUGAACGGCUCAUCUGCCAUAUCUUGUUUUCGAGGUCAGCGAAAUGGCUCAACACCGAGCUGUCUGCAAGGGAAAGAAAUCUUUAUAUGAUAUGACAAAGCGAUUUAUUAUAUUCAUUAUUUAUUACAUUUCAAGGAUCAAGGGUGAUCCUUGAAAUCUUAUUGGCUCUCAGCAGUGCCAUCUAUUCCCAAAUCCCACUAUUUUCUAAAAUGCAUCCCUUCCCCUACGAAAAAUCAAGUAACACUAAAAACAAAAUAACCACUCAGUUUUUAAGGCUUGUUUAAAGUAAUCCAUCAGCUUGUGGAAAAAUGAAUGGCAAAAUAGCCAAUGUCAUUGUUAUUUUCUUUAAAAAUGUAGCGGCCAGAAGCGACCUUCGCUUCGGGGUAUUGCUCAUAGAAUAGCAUUAUUUCAAACCAAUUUACAUUCCAUUUUUCCUAGAAGUUGGUGGCUGGAAACUUAAAAAAUGUAUAAACCGCCAAAAAAUCCAAUGAAUAACUUUUGAGUUGCCCCUAUGAAAAAUAGCGACCGCACCGCAAAUGUUAUUUUACAUCUAAAGCAAAUAGAAAAUUCAUAAAAAAGAUGACUUUUUUAUCCCUCGGCCAAAUUGGCCGAGACUGAUCUGGAUAAUUCAUCGACAACAGUCAUCUUCAAUCUCGUCAACAAAUAGAUGACUUCAAAAUGUAGUAAGUAGAUCACCGUUCACAAAAUCCGCUGUAGCCAUCGUCAUCUUUUCUAUGAUUAUUGAAUUAAUGGUAUUUUCACAUUCGGCGAGUAAAUAUGUUUGAAUCUGUCCUUUUCAAUCUUAUUUUUGUUUACUUACUUUCUUGAUCUUUUGUUAAGGAUGCCUUCCAUUGAAAAAUAUAAGCAAUGGCAUCGUACAGACCUAUAAAACUCAAGAUGACAAAGUAAUCUACAAAUUCCGUUGUAACUCCGGUUUCUUCCUGAAUGGCUCAACUGCCAUAUCGUGUUUUCGAGGUCAGCGAAAUGACUCAACACCGAGCUGUCUACAAGUUAAAGAGAUCUUUAUAUGAUAAGAUAAAGUAAUUUAAUACAUCAACUAUGAACCCACGCGUGAUCCUUAAAAUCUGAUUGGCUCUCAGCAGUGCCAUUUAUUCCCAAAUCGCACUAUUUUCUUCUCUAAAUUGCAUCCCUUUCCCCACCAAUGAUCAAGCAACGCUAAAACAAAAUAACCACUCAGUUUUUAAGGCUUGUUUAAAGUAAUCCAUCAAAUUGUGGGGAAAUGAAUUGCAAAAUAGCCAAUGUCAUUGUGGCCAAAAGUGGUGAUUUAACUUCGUUUCGUGCACUCUUGGUCUAAAAUCAUACAUACGAUGCAAGCUUGUUCUCUUUUGAAAUCAGAGAAAAAAAAUACACUGUAUCCAGGUCAAUUGCCAUUAUUUUUCUUCGAUAACUGGCUUAAUUUUUUUUUUUUUUUGCGUCUUUUAAGUUGUCUUGUUACCCUGAUUUCUCCUUAAUCGGUUCAACUUUUGAGUUGCCCCUAUGAAAAAUAGCGCAAAGAUUUUUACUUCUUUAGCUAAUGGAAGAUUCACAAAGAAAAUUAUUGUUUUAUCCUACAGCCAACUCGGCUGAGAGUGAUCUGGAUAAUUCAUUGACAACUGUUAUUUUCAAUCUCGUUAACAAACAGAAGACGUCAAAAUGUAGCAAAAACAAACCGAGUUCGUCACGUAGCCGAGUUUGUCACGAUUGUUUUUAAUAUUCGAGUCUUCACCGAACAUCCCAAGGGGGCUAUUACAUCCGUAAACCGAUGAAAAUUGUGGUCUCUAUGGAUUAAAUAAGUUUAAAAAGCAAGGCUUUGUAAAUGGUGACGUCAUCUUUAUUAUCCUUCAAUAGGUCAUAACAUGAAGAACCAAUCAAAAUGCAUGUAUGAUUCAGCUUAUUACCUGAUAUCUUUUUAUCGCAGGUAAAGUUCAGGAUAAAGCUCAAGGUAAAGCUGGCAAAGCAUCGCGGGGUAGACCCUGGUAUUUCAUCGCUGCUGCUGCCGCUGGCCUGGUUCUUUUUGUUCUCAUACUGAUCGCUUGGAUCGUUUACUGUACUAGAGGAAGACGUUCUGUAGCAAUAGAGAGGGUUGAGGAAGACUUUACUAUUAACAAUCCGGCCUUUGUCUCGGGAAAUACCAAACACCCUGACCCUGACAUGAACGCAUAAGUACAAAGUUAAAGAACUUUUCCACAGUUCCAUGAUUGCCAACGGGCAAUCCAUAUAAAUAGAACAAUGACAAGGGUCCCAUGGUUGUCCGCUUGCCUCAGAUUUCGCUGAACUUCUUUACCUAGUGAGUGCAAAAGCAACCUACGCACGCUUCCUCUUUUAUUCUUUCAACAAGUAAAACUGCGGAGGCAAGGACCGAUCAUGAACAAUCUUCUCUAUUUAAUCAUUAGUUUUCAUGUACACGCCUUGGAGUGAAGCUUUAAAUUGUGUGUUAAUUGCGAGUAUUGUAAAGGAAGGAUUAGUGAAUUAAUUUUUAGGUAUUAAUUGUUCGGAUAGGAUUAAUUUUUUAACCCCAAGGUUAUUUGGGUCUCGGCAAUCAUCUGUUGUCAGUAGAGCACUUUUAUCUAGCUAUUUGGUAGUUUUAGUGUGAAUGCGUGCAGUUUUUACUUUGUAUUUUAGCCUUACCUUGGACCUACGCCUGAUAGUUUUUUUCGGACGCAUUGAGUAUGUUGCUUAAGUUUCUCGUGAGAAUGUUUGUUUAAAUACGAUAAUAAUCGUGUAAGGUCGCGGCCAGCAUAUCCGCUCGUUGUAUCCGAUAGUGAAUAGUUAUAGAAGCGUGCACUCUUAGUUACGAG